AUGCCUAGGCCUAAUCCUGAAGGAGGUGCUGGUGAAAGCUCAUCAGUUGCAUCAGGUGGUGCUGGUUCAGCAUCCUCAGCUGCUCCAGAUGUUUCAGCCCUUGUAGAAAAGGCUAUAGCAGCACUGCUUCCAGAACUUGCUCAGCAGGCUAAAGAUCCCAAGAGGAAGGCUCGAUCUCAAGACCCAGGAUGGAAGUAUGGGUGGUGGCCAGAUCCUACAAAGAAGGAAUUUAUUCAGUGCAUUUUCUGUAAGAAGGUAGUGCCUGCAGGAAUCGGUCGGUUCAAGAUGCACCUUGCUGGGGGUUAUGGGGAUGCAAUGAAGUGCCCAAAACCACCUCCAAUAGUCCAGCGAGAGAUGACUGUUUACUUGAAGAAGAAUACAAGGACUACAAUUGUGGCACUUCCUGGAGAUGGUGAACAAGAACAAGAAGCAAAUGAAGAGGAUGAAGUUACUGAAGUUGAACCAGCGAAAGUACCAACAACUCAAAAGAACACCAACACCAAGUCACUUAGUGCCAUGCUUCGCAGGACACCAGAAGUAGUUACAGAAAGGCAUAAAUCCAAGACUUCUCAGCCCACUAUAGAGCAGUGCACAAAGAAAGAUAAAGAGGCUAAACAAAUUGUUGAUGAUCAUGUUGCUGAUUUCUUCUAUGAAAAUGGUAUACCAUUCAAUGUCAUUAAUUCGAGAAGUUGGGAGAUAAUGCUUGAGUCCAUUGGGCAGUAUGGACCUGGGUACCGCUCACCAACCAUGCAUGACAUUAGGGAAUCAUUGCUUGAAAGGGCUGUCAACAGGACAGCAGAACUAAGAAAGAAGCAUGAGGAGAGUUGGAAAGAAUAUGGCUGCACUCUCAUGUCCGAUGGUUGGACGGAUACAAGCCACCGCCAUAUAAUCAAUUUUCUUGCCAACAGUCCAGCAGGGACCUUCUUCCUAGGUUCAGUGGAUGCUUCAAGUGAGAUAGCAAAUGCACAAAUGCUAGCUGAUUUGUUGGAGCAGCAAGUUGACAAGAUUGGGAAGGAAUAUGUGGUGCAGGUUGUCACAAACAAUGGGGCCAACUUGAAGGCAGCCGGAAGGAUUCUAAUGGAGAGGAUCCCACAUUUGUUUUGGACACCUUGUGCUGCCCAUUGUCUGAAUUUGUUGCUGCAAGACAUUGGUGAGAUAAAGGAAUUCAACAAUGCCAUCAAUUGGGGCAAGAAAGUGUGCAGAUUUCUAUACAAGCAUGGGAGGAUACUUGAUCUAAUGAGACAGAAGAUAGGUGGAGAUCUUGUGAGACCAGCUGUGACUCUAUUUGCUACUUCUUACCUAACAUUGGCAAGUAUGUACAAGCACAAGAAUGGCUUGAGAGCUUUAGUUGUUAGUGAAGAAUGGCAGGCUAACAGUCUGUCUAACACUAGAGGCAAACAAGUUGAAGAUAUUGUCCUUUCCAUGCCUUUUUGGAAUAGAGUCGAGUGUUGCUUGAGAGCUUCACAGGCCCUUCUCGUCGCUCUAAGGAUUGCAGAUGGGGAUGAGACACCAGCAGCUCCUGAGAUCAUGGCAGCCAUGGAUCAUGCAAAGACCACCAUCAAAGAUUCUUUAAAAGCUAAAACCGACUUGCUUAAAGAAGUAAUGAAGCGCUAUGAUAAUAGGUGGGAAAACCAAAUGCAGCAGAAGUUGUAUGGGGCAGCCCUAUUCUUGAAUCCAGGCAAGUUCUUUGCCUUAAGGGAGAAAGACAAGAGAAAAGCUGCAAGGCUAAGGAUCAUGUUCAAUGAAAUUUUAUACAAAAUGGUGGCGGAUGACAGUGAACAAUCCAAGAUUUCUCGUCAAGCUGAUGAUUAUGAACAGUCUGAAGGUGAAGGCUUCUCAAUGCCAUUAGCAAUAAGGGACAGAGACAAAAAGAACCCUAGUUGUGAGCGUAAUUGGAGUGUUUUUUCCCAUUUCCACACCAAAAAGAGGAACAGAUUAGAGCACAAGAGGUUAAAUAAAUUGGUCUAUGUCAGUUACAACAAAAAGAUGUCAAACAGGUUUCAAAAAAUCAGAGAGCUUGGUUGCAAAGGACAGAAGAGCAACCCUCUCACGCUAGCUGAAUUUCAGUGGGAUAAUGAAUGGGUGGAUGAUAAUUGUGAGGAAUCGACUUGGGCUGCUGUUGAUGAAGCUAUUGGUGCAUCUGAGAAUCUACAGGGCUGCAACUUGCCUAGGGCUGCUGCUGCUCGUGCAGCAGCCUCUGUCAGCCAGAUGUAUACCAGGAAGCGUCCAAGGACUGCUGCAGCUACAGCUGCUGCUCCAGAUAGCAUUGAUGAUGAAGAUGAUGACCAUGAAGCACAAGUUCAGCCAGAUGCAUCUAAUGCUGAAGUAGGAAGGGAGGUGGAUGGAGACUAG